AUGGGCGUUACACGCGUUUUACUCCUUAAACUUCUCAAAGAUAUUACUAUCGCACAGUAUUUUUUGACUUUUCAUGAACGAAUAACUAGCCAAUUUUCCAAUCGACAAUCUAAAGCUUGGCAUAUUUCAACAAAAUUAUUUCGUGAUAAUAAAAAUGCAGCUGUCGGAACACCAAAACUUAUUCAUUCUUUAGUAUUUAGUAACGAUGUCGGUAAAGUUUAUUGUCUUGCUGAUGAUGUGAUGAUUGAAGCUGAACAUGAGUUGGAGACUAUUUUAUCAAAAUUGAAAAAUUUAUGGUCUAAUAAAAAGAGCGUAAAUUUUGAGGGAUUUUCUUACAAUAUCGGUGACUUUAUAGUUCGAACUAUUGAUGUCAAGCUUAAAGGAAUACUCGUUGAAGUAAUUCAUCAUUUAAAUCAUUUAAAUUUUAGUUAA